CGCUCUCUGCUUGUUGUAAAACAGGAAGCGGUGUGGCGGUAGAGGAAAGUAGCUAGCCUGGUGGCUAACGUCAUUGGAGACUGAGUGCCGUGAAACGGAGUGACAACUGAGUAGUUUGGGAGGAAAAAGCUGUCGCCACGCCGUUGACUACACCUCGGGUUAAACGUGUGGUCGCCAUGUCAGAGACAUACGAUUUCUUGUUUAAGUUCCUUGUGAUUGGCAGUGCGGGGACUGGGAAAUCCUGCCUCCUUCAUCAGUUUAUCGAGAACAAGUUCAAACAAGACUCCAAUCACACCAUCGGAGUGGAAUUUGGUUCGAGGGUCGUCAACGUUGGUGGAAAAACAGUCAAACUGCAGAUCUGGGACACAGCAGGACAGGAGCGCUUCAGGUCAGUGACUCGUAGCUAUUAUCGGGGCGCCGCUGGGGCUCUUCUUGUCUACGACAUCACAAGUCGAGAGACCUACAAUGCACUGACUAACUGGCUGACGGAUGCUCGGACACUGGCCAGCCCCAACAUUGUCAUCAUCCUUUGCGGAAACAAGAAAGAUUUGGAUGCAGAUCGUGAGGUCACCUUUCUGGAAGCAUCUCGUUUUGCCCAAGAGAAUGAGUUGAUGUUUCUGGAGACAAGUGCGCUAACUGGGGAGAACGUUGAAGAGGGUUUUCUCAAAUGUGCCCGCACGAUUCUUAAUAAGAUCGAGUCUGGUGAGCUUGACCCUGAAAGAAUGGGCUCUGGUAUCCAGUAUGGCGACGCAUCCCUGAGGCAGUUGAGGCAGCCACGGGGCUCUGCUGCACAAACCAAACAGCAAUGUAACUGCUAGGGAUGGGACACACUCCCUCUCCCCGCACACAACCUCUCCUGCUUCAGCUCCAGGUGUGUCUGGGUGUCGUUGUUUCCUCCUCAAACCUGCUGAGACACCUAGAAACAUCUGGAUCACUUUUUAUGAAGUCCAUCUGCACCCUCAAUCUGCAACCACUGAGCUUUGCAAGUGGCUUGGCGGUCAUGGAAAGGCACCUCUGAUAAAGUAGAGGGAUGGUAAAGGUGGUGUGGAGGAUUCUUGCAGAUUUAACCUUAUCCUGUGAUUCUUGUGUGUGUAUAUAAACACAAACACACUCACAUUGUUCAUGUAGAGUAAAUAGUCAUCAGCCUAAUCUCUGUGCACUGGUCUGAAGCGUAGAUGAUAACAUUCUCUAUAUUUCAUUCAGUGUCACCGACAUCAGCGCAUUAGUUGACUUGCGUAUCCCCUGUUCAAAUUAAGGCUUAUACAGAUGUUAGGAGAUAUUAACAGUGUCAACAGGGUGGCUGGUUGGAGCCAGGCUAAACUAGUUAUUCUAUGUGCACAGACCAGUUUUGGAGAAAGUUUACCGUUUCCAUGAAUACUGCACCCUUGCCCCGGCUUUGAGAUGAUCUUGCUCAUAUGGUACAAUCUGUGUAUUUAGUGCUGGUGCAGUAAAUGUAGGCUAAGCCUUGUAUAAAUCUGUUUCCUAUAGAUCAUUGUGUCACCUAUGCACCUAAAAUGAAAAGCAGUUGCAGCUGAGAACUCUAAGCACAAAAGGGAAGAUGGUUGAUCUGCGCCUCCAGAAUUGUUGGUGAUCCUUAUCUAGUGCAUAUCAGUGAUUCACUGCAAAUUGGCUUUUGUAGGUUUUCACGCUAACAUUUUAACCUGCAGAAAACGCUUUGCACUGGGUGCAUUAUUAUCUAAUGUAUCUGUCUGUGUGACCAACUGGAUAUAGAAUAGAUUUUAUUAUAUUUUAUUGAUUUAUACUUAAAUAGAAAAACAGUUUGAUGUCCUAUAUGUCUCCAAACUGUAACAUUGCCCCAAAAUAUAGCACUCUAAUGUGAAAGUACAAUGCUAGGAAAUAUGUUUUUGUUUUUUUGUGCACUGAAAUUAAGAAUAAUACAAUCCCAAAAGAUUUAGGAGGCUCUUUGACCUGCGUGCUAAUUUCAUCACGCAACCAAAAAAACCAGACAUCAUUUUCACAAGGCCAGAUGAUUUCACCAAGACACUCAACCAGGGGAAUGGUUAGAUUUGUUUGUUCCUCCUCUCACACACACACACCGAUCCUUUUUUCAGCUUCUGUGUUUUAAAUAUUGUCUCUGUGAUGUGCAGGUUCUUGUUCUGUUCUCUCUCUCUCUCUCUCUCUCUCUCUCUCUCUCUCUCUCUCAGUCUCUCUGCAAGUGCACUUUUGACUGUUAAUAUAUACUGUACCAAUAGAAUUGUAAAAUUUGCAGUAAUCUAAUUGCUAUAUAGUGACAAUUUAUUAUAAGAAGUAAUCAUUCCUUACUUAAAUAAGGAUCGAGUUUAGUCCAGCACAAUUUCAAUGGUCUAGAAUUCCGAUACUAGUGUUAUAUGAGGUACUUUAGUGAAGAUAGUGAAAUGCAAAAUGCGAGCCGUUUUAAUUGAAGUCUCACUUUGCCUCGGUUCACUUGAGGGGUAGAAAUCUUUCAAAGGGGGUCUAUUUCAUUUCUGCUCAACCUGUUCUGAAAUGAUGUAGUGCUAUAGCUGGGCAUUUACUGACGACAAACCACUUGACGAACAGCAUUUCUCAACAGUAAAUUGGCACACAUGCUUUGGCAGAUCAUUUUCUUGUAAAUUAAAUAUAAAGAUACAUGGCUCAAACAGCAUGGGCUAUAUGCUAAACACAUAUUACUGCUAACCAAAAAAUUAUUUUUGUUGAUUUUGUCAGCAGUGUCUUUGACUACAUCUGUCUUCACUCUGGAGUUUAAAGACUUGCUCAUUCACUGCAGAAACUCGUGUGUUGCUUAGCAACCAGUGUGGUUUUUGUUCACCCAUAAAUACUGUAUAUCUGAAUCAUCCCUGAUGUAAAUAAUAUUGAACUUGUCUAAUGGAUUGUUUUGGGGGAGGGUGCUGUUAAAUUUUAAGGUUUAACAAUUCUAAGUAAAGUUUGCUUGUUUUUUUAUGUCA